GARAUCAUCUUUUCAGAGAAACAGCAAUUGCAGCACACUCAACAAGUCAAAUGUUUUCCGCGAACGAAAAUUUAGUUCUCCGCCAGCACAAACGCCGGAUCGUCGAUCGGAUCGAACAAUGCAUGCCCGAGGAGGCCCUCGAUAUGGGCACGACGGUCAUGGUGAUGCAGGUAUCGUGCAAAGACCCGGGUUGCGUCCCGCUGGAGACGGCCGUCAUCAUUGUGUUCCCAAAGUGUAGCGACGGCGAGGAACUCGUCCCCGGUCUUCCGGAAAGCAACGGCGGGUCCUACAAAACCAAAAUACUGAAACCCAUGGCCAACRUCACCGACGACGACAUUCUCGACAACCUGCCGCCGKCCUUUGAGGGAGGGAGGAGAACGAUGGAACGGGUAUGUCUGUACGCAAGAGAUGUCAUGAUUGGUCAAAUCACACAGUUGUUUGGGGAUGGCAGCAGCGAUGACACCGAAUCCGCCAUCAAAGACCGAAKYGCAAUGGCGAYGUAUUUGCAGUCGUGCUUGCAAGACUACAUAGCAGCAGGCUGCAAACCUCCACCAUUUGGAGAACCCUAUGCCAAUGCUACUUCUACGAUUGGUGCUGAUGCAUCCAAUUCGACYGUAGGUGAGGAACCAACUCAAAAGUCCUUAGACGAGGAACUACAACGACCAAAGGAUUCCACAACCCCAGCUCCAACGACGACGACGACAACRACAACAAGCACGGAUCCCUCCAAAGGGAACAUUGUGAUUCGUCGCAAGAUGGACAACGAAUCCACUGUUCCGAGGCGACAAACCAAUGGUACCACUACUAGCAUCCGAAUACGGCAGCCGCCGCAACACGAGCGAGCCAUUCAGAAGGCACUGAACCCACGAGCACCGGGAGGAGGCAACAGCGGAAGCAGCGCUAUUUCCCGUUUGUUCGAGCGAGAGCAUGCCCCUGGAAUCCGCAAGCCGGGGUGUCCCUGUUGCGAUCCGGACGAUCCUUCGSKGCUCGCAGACAGCUUCAUGAUGUUCUAGCGAGCGGCACGGUAGAAGAGCUCGAGCUCGUAGUAGGGUUUGCCAAAUUGGCAUGACCAUUCCUACCUCCAGGUGGCGGUGCCCCCAUAAUUUUUCCUCGGACCGAAAUUGGUCCGCAGGCGCAGAUUAUCGAUGU